UUAGAGCUGCCAUCGAUUCGUCGAACAAGACUGUUCUCUGGGAUUGUCUAUUGAAGAAGGGUGUGCCUGAGAAGUUUAUUAACAUCUUGAGAGCCCUAUAUAAUACAAACACCUCAGGCAGAGUGAGGGCAUACAACCACCUCUCUCUAUUGUUCCAUUCGAGCAGUGGGGUUAGACAGGGCUGCCCAAUCUCACCAUUCCUCUUCAAUUUUGGCACCAAUGACGUUCUGAAAACAGCUCUGUAAGCAAUGGUGGUGAGGAUUUUUUGCCUGGAGAAAGACUUCUCGACCUUGAGUAUGCGGACGAUAUUGUCUUACUGUGCGAUAAUGCCCAAGGCAUGCAAUCCGCACUUAAUCAGUUGACAAUCAGUGUCCGUAGGUAUGGUAUGUGCUUCGCACCUUCGAAGUGCAAAGUACUUCUACAAGACUGGCAGGAUUCCAAUCCUGUACUCACCCUGGGUGGUGAGCAGAUAGAAGUAGUCGAGAAGUUGGUGUAUCUGGGUAGCUGCAUAAGUGCUGGUGGUGGUGUGAGUGAUGAGAUCAAUGCACGUGUAGUGAAAGCCAGAGCGGCUUAUGCCAAUCUGGGCCAUCUUUGGCGCCUUCGUGAUGUUAGUCUGGCUGUAAAAGGUCGGAUCUACAACGCAUCGGUGAGAGCAGUUCUACUCUAUACUCGUGAAACCUGGCCUCUCCGAGUUGAGGAUGUUAGACGACUCUCUGUGUUUGAUCAUCGUUGUCUCCGAAGGAUUGGUGACAUUCAGUGGCAACACCAUGUCAGUAAUGCAGAGGUUCGGCAUCGUGUGUUCGGGCACAGAGAUGAUAAUUCAAUUGGUGUCACCAUCUUGAAUCAUCGACCUCGGUGGCUAGGACAUGUUCUACGAAUGUCGUCCCAGAGAAUUCCACGUCGUGCAUUAUUUGCCGAUGCUGGGACGGAUUGGGAAAUAGCGGAGAGGUGGUCAGUGCAUGACAUGGUGUCGUGGUAUGAAAGAAAGCUCCAAAGGACUGGCUUCUGUCGGUCCUUCACGGCUCCCUGGUUGGGGUCCUAGAGAUGGUGCAACACAGUGGCUAGAGACGUUAUCAGACAUGGCUCAGAAUAGAAGCCAAUGGUG